AAUGCCCUUUGUCCGCCGCGUGGGGAGUGUUCCUUUGUUCGCUUCCCAUUGUGCUCCCGCGACGCCCGCGAAAGAGAACGUUAGCACUGGUGCGCGAUAGCUGAGACUACAAGAUGACUGGUUCGACGAGCUUCGUGAUCGCAACGCCCCUUCACUUCGAGAACAACCACCUGUCGCCAUGAAAGAUCCCGUCUUCCCCGUCUUCGCUGCUCUCGGCACUGCUCUUGUGCUGCUGCCGCUCACUUGGCAUGCUCGCACUGGUAACAUCGCCAUGGUCCUCCUCAUCAUCUGGAUUGCCUUAGCCAAUUUCAUCCAGUUCGUCAAUACUGUCAUAUGGUACAGCAAUGUGGACAACAAGGCUCCAGUCUGGUGCGAUAUCUCCACACGGCUCUACCUCAUGUCCAUCAUCGCUGUUCCGGCCUGCAAUCUCUGCAUCGCCGUCAGGCUGGAAAGUAUUGCCUCGACUCGCGAAGUGACGCAGACUGCGAGCGCGAAGAAGCGACAGAAGAUCUUCGAGCUCGCGAUGGGCAUACUUUUGCCGCUCGUCUACGUUGCGCUGGCAGUUGUAUGGCAAGGGCAUCGCUUUGACAUCUACGAAGGGGCCGGAUGUUAUUCAGCUACCUACAUAUCAUGGCCUUGGAUCCUGUUGUCUCCGGUACCAAUACUUCUGGUCAGCUGCACCUCUCUGGUCUACUCUAUCCUAGCCUUCCGCUGGUUCAGUCUCAGAAGAGCUCAAUUCAUGGCGGUCCUUGCCAGCUCGGGGACCAAUCUCAACAAGUCGCGGUACCUGCGAAUGAUGGCUUUCUGCACAAUCGAUAUGCUGAUCACCAUCCCCUUCACAAUCGGCAAUCUUGCGUCGCAACUGCGCGACUUUCACGGCGAGCUGCAACCGUAUACGAGUUGGGCAGAUGUCCACUACGGAUGGGGCGCCGUAGCUCAAAUUCCGGCUGCUGCUUUUGAUACCCCAAGCACAGAGUCGGCAUUUUCCCGGUUUGACCUGGUCAGAUGGUCAGCUCCGAUCGCUGCAUUCAUCUUCUUUGCGAUCUUCGGUCUCACUCAGGAUGCGGUGAGCGAAUAUCGCAGGAUUCUCCGUGGCCUAAAGAAUGCGGCAUCGCUGCCGAAGACCAAGACGAGGUCUAUCGUCAGGCAGCCUCAAGAUCUCUCCAAUACCCAUCUCAGCCCGGUUGACAGCGAGAGGGGCUACGAGCUCCACACAAAGGCUUUUUCGACCCCUCCGGCAUCGGCGCAGCUGCCUCACCUUGGGUCGUAUGCUUGGUCAGGCCAUGAUGACGAGAAGGAGAUCCAGGUGACGGUGGAACGCUCAGUGGCCUAUUGAGCUGGCAUGGGACGUUGUCAGAUUCUUUCUCACUGUCGCCUCAGAGGAUCAGUCGCUUGCUUUUCAUUUAUCACUGCUUGUCUU